CUAAAGUACAGCAAAAUAAGUGGCUUGUUGGUAAAGAAAGGAAGAACUGAGUUUCAGAAAUUGAAGAAAGAGCGAAACUCAGAAAAGAGGAGAGAGAAAUUUGCAAAUUCAGUAACAAUGGAUCCCAAACUCACUGAGAUUGCCCAGACCUUCGAGCGUUUCAAAGCUGCUUCUGUUCGCAAUGAUUUCGACACUUCCACUCGCCUCCUUUCUCAGCUUAAGGUAUCACUGACAGAAUUCCGAAGCCUUCCUCCAUUGUUUGAAGCAACACCAAAUGCUAUUCAUGAAUUGAGCUUAGCAAGGGAUAUCUAUGAGCAUGCUGUUGUUUUAAGUGUCAAGAUGGAGGAUCAGGAAGCAUUUGAAAGGGAUUUCUGCCAACUGAAACCUUACUACACUGAUGCCAGGGGUCAUAUACCACAAUCUCCACAGGAGUACCCAAUCUUGGGUCUGAACCUGUUAAGGCUUCUUGUCCAAAACAGAAUAGCAGAGUUUCACACUGAAUUGGAGUUGCUUUCAUCUACCGCCUUGGAUAAUCCUUGUAUUAAACAUGCUGUAGAGCUGGAGCAGUCCUUCAUGGAAGGAGCAUACAACCGUGUUUUAAGUGCUAGGCAGUCUGUACCUCAUGAAACUUACGUGCACUUCAUGGAUUUGUUGGCCAAAACUGUGAGAGAUGAAAUUGCUGGAUGCAGUGAAAAGGCAUAUGAUUCUCUUUCAUUGAAUGAUACUAAACAAUUGUUGCUAUUUUCUUCUGACAAGGAUUUGCUCGAGUAUAUCAACGAGGAACAUCCUGACUGGGAGAUCAAAGAUGGAUGUGUUUAUUUCCAGAAGGCAAAAGAAUCUGCACCAUGCAAGGAGAUUCCAUCUCUGCUACUUAUCAACCAAACUCUCAGUUAUGCUAGGGAACUCGAGAGGAUCGUGUAGUGGAUUAGCUUUAAACAAUUCUAUAUCCAUUGCAGCAAUUGAUGCAAAGAUGUUUUAAUGCACCACCUACUACUUCCUGUAGACAGGAUUAAUUGAGCCUGAGAAGGUGCAUAUGCUCACAUGCUGGCCGAAGUGAUUUUAAUUUUGAUUUUAGCAUUGCAUUGAAAGGUCUCAUGCAGUAACAAUUAAAAUUGGCAUUUAACCUUUUUGUUGUCUACUUUCUUAAGAUCUCUUUGCUCUUUCAAAUGUUUUGUGAUUUAUCUCUUUUCAAUUGUGUUGCCAA